AUGAAUACCACAACACGCACAGCGAGGGACCAGGCGAUCUCUACCGCGGAAAUCCUGGAGAUGAUCCUACUCCAACUCGAUUUGCGCACUCUUCUCGUCGCCGCACAGCGAGUGUGUCGAAGCUGGCUCAUCCUGAUCAGCAAAUCAGUCCAGAUUCAGAGGGCCUUAUUCUUUUCCCCUCUCGAGAAACCUGACGUUCCGAUGCAUGACCAGAUACAGAACCCGCUCCUCGCCGAGGCAUUCCCUUGUAUCUUUCCAAGCUCCGAUAAAGAAUCUGAAAAGUAUAAAUUCAAAUUUGCAGCCUUGGAUAUGAACCGGAGCAACACGAAAAGAGCAAUGUAUAUGCGAAAAGAAGCAAGCUGGCGCCGGAUGCUGGUCCAACAGCCUCCGAUCUUGGACUUUGGAUUGCAAAGAGAAACUCACGGCCGAGUUUUCGACGAAGCCUGCCAUUUCAAGAUUCAGGGAAGUAAGGAAAUGCUCUGCGAGAAGCAGGAGGGCUUGCGAAUGGAGCGACUGUUCGAGGUUCUACUCUUCAACGAAAAUAUCACCUGGGAGAGUUGGUCGACCAACCAGGUCAGAUGGGCAACAGAGUUUCCACUUGACAUCCAGGAAGGUGAUGACAUUGCCAAAGCACUCUAUGCGAUGUUGCGAAAGUUUGGCUUGGUUAUAAAAGCGCGCACGGUCAUGCAGUGUGUCCAUGGCUUCCCACGGCCUGAAACCGAGGAUGAAGGGCUGAGAGGACAGCUUGUUGCUGCAUACAUAGAGGCGGGUCUAGAUAUUAACCAGUCUUCUAUCAGUGGUGUUGAGAUCGAGAGCAUUGUUGAAUGGUUGGAUACUAUCCUCUAG